UUAUAUAUACAUAUAUGCUUAUAUAUUAUAUAUCUAUAUAAAUUUGAUAACUAUCCACAUUUGUAUAUGUAUAAGGAAUUGAACCUAGAUAAAACUGUUAAAUAGCCACCAAUUCACAAGUGUUUUGGGUUACCUUAAUUUGGAUUAAGGUUUUUAACUGGGUUUUAAUUUCUGGCUUCUUCUACCAUAUAUGUUUGGCCUCAGCAGACUAUGCCAGAAAAAAAUUUGAGUCACUUCUCUACUUAUGAGCUUCGACUUAAAUACUCCUCUAUAUACCAAGGACUACUGUGAAGCAGCCACAUGCCUUAGAGCCCAAACCAUAAUUACCCUCAAGAACCCAAGGAAUAAAGAUGACUGCUAUACCAGUAGAUGAUUGCAUCAACUUUGUGGGAAUGAAAUUUAUUGACAAUACACUUUACUUUGUAGCUGACAGUGAUGAAAACCUGGAAACAGAUUACUUUGGCAAGCUUGAACAUAAACUCUCAAUCUUACGAAACUUGAACGACCAAGUUCUCUUCAUUAACCAGGGAGAUCAACCUGUGUUUGAGGAUAUGCCUGAUUCUGACUGUACAGAUAAUGCACCCCGGACUGAAUUUAUCAUAUAUAUGUAUAAAGAUAGCCUCACUAGAGGUCUGGCAGUAACCAUCUCUGUGAAUUAUAAGACCAUGUCUACUCUCUCCUGUGAGAACAAAAUUAUUUCCUUUAAGGAAAUGAGUCCUCCUGAGAGUAUCAAUGAUGAAGGAAAUGACAUCAUAUUCUUUCAGAGAAGUGUUCCAGGACAUGAUGAUAAGAUACAAUUUGAGUCUUCAUUGUACAAGGGGUACUUUCUAGCUUGUGAAAAAGAGAAAGAUCUUUUCAAACUCAUUUUGAAAAAAAAGGAUGAAAAUGGGGAUAAGUCCAUAAUGUUCACUGUUCAAAACAAGAAUUAGAUAUUAAAAUUGCAUAAUUUGAACCUUCUGAGUUUUUGUCUUUCAGAAAGGUUGUAAGACUUUGUGUCUAUAAUUGUAAUAAUGAAAUAAAAUGGAUAAUGGUCUUAAAAGAUACCACUGAGAAAUGAAUAAUAAGGUAUCACAAAA